AUGCCAUCUCCAACCUUCAUCUUUCCCCCUUUCCCUCUUUUUUCGAAUAAAUCACUCAUCGUUAGGAGUUUUUCAGUAUCGUUUCAACAAUCCAGCAUACAUGCCAUCCGGAGCUUUUCUGCGAGUUUUCCUGCUCGGAGAUCUUCCGUAAGCGCCGCCAUGUUGAUGAACAACAGCCUGAAUUCUUCCUCGUCCAAAGUGCUUGAAAAACGAAGCACGAAUUCCACCAAACCUGAUGACGACGAGAGAAUGCCAAAACGUCGACUUGUUAGAAAUAAAGAGGAUACUAAGACUGCCAGUUUCGAUCCACCAGAGAAUGUAGAACAAACGAUACAAAACGACAAGCCUCCAAUAUUAACCGAUCCAGCAAAUUCAAACAUUGCCGCAAAUCCGGACCUCGUCGCCAAUAACACGAUGAACAGCGAAGAAAAAACAUCUGAGGAAACGAAAAACAAAGAAUCUGAUAUCGAUAAUCUUGACCUCAAAUCGCCAAAGGAAAAGCAAUGCUGGAAUAUGUACUGCAAGAUGACAGAAAAGGGUAUCAACGUCUCUUUCGAUACCAUUUUGAGAGGAAUGUUGACGCCAACCGAAUACCGACUAAGUAGAAGGCAUUCCUUGAAACCUACAAAUACUGAUCCUCCCAAAAGUACCUAAAUAAUAAUUAUUAUUAUUAUAAUAUAUUUUUUCUAGAAAGUGUUAGUUAAAUUAUAUAGCAAUGUUUUGUUUCUAUAACGUUUUGUAAGGGUUUAUUUUGGUUUGCUACCCUAAAAGAGACACUUUUUUUAUGUAUUUUUUUGUUUCAACUGGGUACUGAGUAAUCAAACAUUUUUGAACGACAGUUGUGGAACUUUCAUUCCAUUUUUUUAACCGACUUCAAAAAAGGAGGAGGUUCUCAAUUCGUCGCAAUAUUUUUUUUGAUGUAUGUUCAGCGAUAAUUCUUUAACACGGUGUCCGAUUUUAAUGAUUCUUUUUUUGUUAGAAAGGGGGUACUUCAGGGGUGGUCCCAUAUAAAUUUGGGUCCAUGAGAAAAUCCUCAAACUCUUCAUUUUUUAUGUAUGUUUAGCGAUAAUGCUUUACCACCUUGUCCGAAUUAUAUGAUUCUUUUUUUGCUAGCAAGGGGGUACCUCAGGGGUGGUCCCAUAUAAAUUUAAUUAAGAUGUGGUGAUGGCAGCUGCACAUUUUUGAAG